GGCGCGCCGUGGUUGGCGGCGGCGGGGCCCGAGCACUCGGAAGAGCCCGCGACUCAGCCAGAGCAACAGGCCACCGGCGGGGGGCUGGAGCCGGGGUGGACCGGGCCCGCCAUGGACAAGCUGAAGAAGGUGCUGAGCGGGCAGGACACCGAGGACCGGGGCGGCCUGUCCGAGGUUGUUGAGGCAACUUCAUUAAGCUCGGGCACCAGAAUAAAAGGCUUCAUUGCCUGUUUUGCUGCAGGAAUUCUCUGCUCACUGCUGGGAACUCUUCUGCUCUGGGUGCCCAGGAAGGGACUAUACCUCUUUGCAGUGUUUUACACCUUUGGUAACAUCGCAUCUCUUGGGAGCACUGUCUUCCUCAUGGGACCAGUGAAACAGCUGAAGCGAAUGUUAGAGCCUACGCGUUUGAUUGCAACCAUCAUGGUGCUGUUGUGCAUUACGCUUACCCUGUGUUCUGCCUUUUGGUGGCACAACAGAGGGCUUGCUCUCAUCUUCUGCAUUUUGCAGUCUCUGGCCCUGACGUGGUAUAGCCUUUCCUACAUACCAUUCGCAAGGGACGCUGUGAAGAAGUGUUUUGCUGUAUGUCUUGCAUAACAUACGGCCGGUUUUGCAAAGCUUUGGAAGGCAUGGUGGAUGGAAGCUCGUGGACCGUGUUGUAAAUAUCUUCUAAAUCUCUGUCUCACAGACAUGUGCCUUUGAUCUUGCAGCGACAUGCUGCUUGCAUUCUGAACACCUGAGGGUUACUUUUGGAGGCAACGGUGUGUUCCCAAACCCAAAUGUCUGUAGCACGAUAUGAGAGGUGGGUUCUGUAUCUGAUGGAGUGGAAUCUUCCUCAUGCGCCUUUGCGUGGUGUUCCACUGAGUUCUCGUAAAUAAAAACCUUGUUAAGCAGCAGCA